AUGGAGCCCGGGGCGCCCGGCGCAGCCCUGACCCUCUGCCUCUGGCUGGCGGCCUGCGGGGGCUGCCUGGCGCCGAGCCCCGGGGCCGCGGCCGCGCGGCGGCUGGACGAGUCGCUGUCCGCCGGGAGCGUCCAGCGCGCCCGCUGCGCCUCCCGCUGCCUCAGCCUCCAGAUCACGCGCAUCUCCGCCUUCGUCCAGCACUUCCAGAAUAACGGCUCCCUGGUUUGGUGCCAGAAUCACAAGCAAUGUUCGAAGUGCCUAGAGCCUUGCAAGGAACCAGGGGACCUCAGGAAACACCAGUGUCACAGCUUCUGUGAGCCUCUGUUCCCCAAGAAAAACUACGAGUGCUUCACCAGCUGUGAGUUCCUCAAGUACAUCCUGUUGGUGAAGCAGGGCGACUGCCCGGCCCCCGAGAAGGCCAGUGGGUUUGCAGCCGCCUGCGUGGAGAGCUGCGAGGUUGACCACGAGUGCUCGGGGGUGAAGAAAUGCUGCUCCAACGGCUGCGGUCACACCUGCCAGGUGCCCAAAACGCUGUACAAAGGGGUCCCCUUGAAGCCCAGGAAAGAAUUACGAUUUACCGAGCACAAGUCGGGACAGCUGGAGGUGAAGUGGUCCUCAAAAUUCAACGUUUCCAUUGAGCCUGUGAUCUACGUGGUACAAAGAAGAUGGAAUUAUGGGAUCCACCCCAGCGAGGACGAUGCCACUCACUGGCAGACGGUGGCCCAGACCACGGAUGAGCGGGUUCAAAUGACCGACAUAAGACCCAGCAGGUGGUACCAGUUCCGAGUGGCCGCCGUCAACGUGCACGGGACUCGGGGUUUCACUGCACCCAGCAAACACUUCCGCUCCUCCAAAGAUCCGUCGGCACCACCAGCCCCCGCUAACCUCCAACUGGCCAACUCCACCGUCAACAGUGACGGGACCGUCACGGUGACCAUUGCCUGGGACCUCCCCGAGGAGCCAGAUAUCCCCGUGCACCACUACAAGGUGUUUUGGAGCUGGACGGUCAGCAACAAGUCCCUUGUCCCCACAAAGAAGAAGCGGAGAAAAACCACAGAUGGGCUCCAGAAUUUCGUGGUCCUGGAGAGGCUUCAGCCAGAUUACGACUACACCGUGGAACUGCAGGCCAUCACAUACUGGGGGCAGACCCGCCUCAAGAGCGCCAAGGUGUCCCUUCACUUCACGUCCCCACACCCCACCAAUUACAAAGAGCAGGUUGGGAAACCCAGAAAAGCUGUGAUCCAAACACAGCCCCCCUUCCAAAGAAGACGGCCCCCGCACCCCCUGGAAAUCGGAGCUCCUUUCUACCAAGACAACCAGCUGCAAGUCAAGGUCUACUGGAAAAAGACAGAAGAUCCCAGCAUCAAUAGAUACCACGUGCAGUGGUUUCCAGAGGUGUGUGCUCACAACAAAACGGCCGGAUCGGAGACAUCAUCUGCUGUGACCCACGAAAAUUACAUCAUUCUUCAGGACCUGUCCUUUUCCUGCAAAUAUAAGGUGAGCGUCCAACCUCUCCGGCCAAAGAGCCACUCGAAGGCAGAGACCAUAUUCUUCUCUACCCCGCCAUGCUCGGCUCUGAAGGGGAAAAGCCACAAGCACGUUAAUUGUCCCGGUGACACAGGUCCCAUUUUGUCCAAAGUCCUGGCCAAGCCAGAGAACCUUUCUGCCUCCUUCGUCGUCCAAGACGUCAACAUCACUGGCCACUUUUCUUGGAAGAUGACCAAAGCCAACCUCUACCAGCCCAUGACUGGGUUUCAAGUGACGUGGGCCGAGGUCACCACGGAGAGCAGGCAGAACAGUUUGCCCAACAGCAUUAUCUCACAGUCCCAGAUACUGCCUUCAGACCAUCACGUGCUAACGGUGCCCAACCUGAGGCCAUCUACCCUUUACCGGCUGGAAGUUCAAGUGCUCACCACCGGAGGAGAGGGGCCCGCCACCAUCAAGACCUUCCGCACCCCAGGCCUGCCGCCCUCGGCUGCCCACAGACCCCACCUGAAACACCAUCACCUGCAUCAUUACAAGCCUUCUCCAGAAAGGUACUGA